AAUGUAUAUGAUGAAAUAAUUUUGAUAGAGAACUUUAACCAUAUUGCUUUCAAGAUGAGAUCUUACUGGCUGGCAUGCAUAACUAUUAGGCAGUCCUUAUAUUCUGGGAAGAUUCUUUGGCAGUUUUUGUCCUAACUGACUAAUUAGAGGGGAUUUGAACCAAGUUUUAUUGGGGCUUUAGCUGCUGAAAAUACAGUCCAAUAUCUUUAUGGGAAAACCAUAGAGUUAAACAACUAAUGAGCUUUAGCCUUAUUUAUGUGCCUGAGAGAAGAUGAUAGCAUCAACAUUCAUAAUCAACAACAGGAGACUGCUGUGAUGCUGAAAACUACAAGUCAUGUAUAACCCAUGGGUGGCAUGGUUAGGAGAGCUGCUGCUCUUUUUGCUAUUAACUCAGGCUGCCUUCAAGCCAGUAAUGCCUCCAGUGAUCAAGAACCAGCCCUUCAACAUUUUCUGGGCAGCCCCAACAAUGUAUUGUAAACAUUUCUUCAAAGUGAAUUUGAAUCUUCAAGUAUUUAACAUUAUAUCAAAUCCUUUAGAGGCUCAGAGUGGAUCAACAAUUGCCAUAUUUUUUCCAAAUGAAUUAGGAUAUUACCCUUAUUUUUCUCAAGACAAAGAAUCCUUUAAUGGAGGGAUACCGCAGAACAUGAGCCUUUCUAAACACCUCAGUAAAGCUGCGGAGGACAUUGCAGAAGCUGUCCCUUGGUGGAGAUCAGUGAGACUUGUUGUUAUUGACUGGGAAAGCUGGAAACCCCAAUGGGAUAGAAAUUGGGGCAGCAGAAUAAUAUAUAAAAAGCACUCCUUCGCCUUCACUAGAAACCACCAUCCUGACUGGUCAGAAACAAAAGUGAAAACAGUUGCCCAAGAGGAAUUUGAAAAUGCCGGAAGGCGUUUUAUGAACGUUACCCUUACACUAGCUUUAGAAAUGAGACCUAAAUGUUUAUGGGGAUUUUAUCUCUACCCAGACUGCUAUAACUAUGAUUACAGGAUAAAUCCCGAGAUGUACACAGGUAAUUGCCCAAAUGAUGAAAUUAUCCGCAAUGACCAACUCCUGUGGUUGUGGGAAAAAAGCACAGCAAUUUAUCCUUCAAUAUAUUUGGACAAAAUAUUGAACUCAAGUUUAAAUGCUUUGAAAUUUGUUCAUUAUCGAGUUAGAGAAGCAAUGAGAAUUGCUGAAAUGGCUAGACAUGACUAUGUGUUGCCAGUUUUUGUUUUUUCCAGACCAUUUUAUUUGCAUAGUCUCGAAGCUCUGUCACAGGAGGACUUAGUACACACAAUUGGUGAAAGUGCCGCACUGGGGGCAGCAGGAGUAAUACUGUGGGGAGGAUAUAACUAUUCUGCUUCAAAGCAGAACUGCUUAUCUGUGCAACAGUCUAUCCAAGGGUCUUUGGGCCAUUAUGUUGUUAAUGUGACAUCUGCAGCUGAGCUCUGCAGUAAGAGUCUGUGUAACAAUCAUGGAAGAUGUGUUCGAAAAACACCUGAAUCCUCCUCCUAUCUGCAUAUGCCUGAAAGCAGUGGCAAGAAAUAUGUCCAAAACAAGAGUUUCAGAUUCAUCAUUUCCGAAAACAUUAAACUGAAGGUGAUAACAGACAUGAAGAAUGGAUUUGUGUGUCACUGCUAUUACGGCUGGCAUGGACAGUCUUGCCACUCUCAGACUUCAGAACUCCCAACAGAGAAGAGUAAGGCUCCUACUGCUAACUUUAAUUUAUCAGUUUUUCUCAGCAUGGUCUUAUCUGUGAUUCUGCUGAAAUCUUAUUGUGCCCUACUAAAAUGUUAAUUUUUCGUUGAAAUACUGAAGAGUAAAAAAUAUUGACAUUU